AAAAGCAUUAUCAUCAUCAUCAUGUAGCACUGCGUACGCACACAUACGGACAGACGCAGUUAUCGCCCGCAAACCGAAUUAUACUAAAGUUGACAGUACAGCUUUUGUGUACCCACAUUCCAACUUAUAAUGGCAUUCGAUCGCGCUCGUCCGUGACUUGAUGAACGCAUAUUUUUAUACUAGUUCGUGUGUAGUUCUUUGAUAUCGGAGUUUUUUAAAUAAACGAUCAUGGCUGAAUUGGCCACGCUCCUCCACCAGGAGAUCCCCGAGGGAAGACACAAUCUCGCGGACAGUCAUUCCAAUCUCGAACGAGUAGCCGAUUAUUGUGAAGCCAAUUAUUUUCAAGCCGAAAACAAACGGAUCGCUUUGGAGGAAACAAAGAAUUAUACGACACAAUCUUUGGCAAGUGUCGCUUAUCAAAUUAACACGCUUGCUUACAAUUUUCUUCAAUUGUUGGACUUGCAAUCCACUCAGCUUUCUGAGAUGGAAAGUCAAAUGAAUCAUAUUUCGCAAACUGUCAUGAUUCAUAAGGAAAAAGUAGCUAGGAGAGAAAUUGGAGUACUGACUGCCAACAAAAUGACAUCCAGACAAUACAAAAUCAUAGCUCCUGCCAAUCCAGAGAAGCCAAUCAAGUACGUCAGGAAGGGUAUCGAUUACAAUAUAUUGGAUGACAUAGGACAUGGAGUGAGAAGCGCUGGUACACCUAGAACUAAACAACGAGGAGGAAGCCAAAGCAGUGUGCAAAGUGUAGGAUCAUCUUCGGCAUCUGCCUUGGCCCCUAAUUUGGUGGGCCCAGCACCAACUACUAAGCCCCCUACACCACCUCAAGCAGGAAGAACAGGAACUUUGAGCAAAAGUUCUAAAGAAUAUCGCACCCCUCCAGCAGUUGCACCUCCUCAAGUGCCAAGUCAUUAUGCACCAAACUAUCCUUUGGGUCACCCACGAAGAGAGAGAGGUCCAGGUUACAGUACGCUUCCAUUACAACAUACUACUCAACAUAAUAAUAAUGCCAAUGCAACUAUGCAUCAUAUAAGUACACAACCACAAGUAGGAACUGUACAUCCUGUCCAAAGUCAUCCACAGACCAAUUCAGUAAAUGUUCACAGCAUAAAUGCAAUGCCAAUAAAUAACACCUAUACUCAAGAUCACGUUAAUAUGCCUCCUCCACCUUCACCAUUGAUUACUAAUGAAGAUAUGUCAGAUUAUGGUAGACAUGGCACUAUUCAUAGAUUUUCUCAUCAAAGUAAUCGUCAUGAAGGCAGCAGUCCUCCAUUACCUCCACCUCCUCCUCCAGAUCAAGAUGAAAUGUCACAGUUUGGUAGAUUAUCUCAUGGAUCUAUGAGAGCGAUUGUUCCUGAAGAAGAUGAUCUUCCAGGAUGGGUUCCAAAAAAUUAUAUAGAAAAAGUUGUUGCUAUUUACGAUUAUUAUGCAGAUAAAGAUGACGAGUUGAGUUUCCAAGAAAGUUCAGUAAUUUAUGUAUUGAAGAAAAAUGACGAUGGCUGGUGGGAAGGUGUUAUGGAUGGUAUCACUGGAUUGUUCCCUGGAAAUUAUGUUGAACACUGUGUUUAAUUUUUAAACAUCUCAUCAAUAAAAUGGGUGAAUACACUUAGACAUUCAUAUCUAUGCAUUUAUAUUAUAGUAAAUUCAUUUAAUAUUGUAUCAUAGCUUAUUAUUAUAA